ACAUCACUAUCGUCGCCAAUAUGGAAGUGAAACGUAUGUCAACUACUGCGCGACCAAACAACUAGGAAAUAAAUAACUCAAAAAUACUUUCUAUUAUUUAACUUGAUAGCCAUGGAUUUAAAGAAGCUAGUUAUAAUGUCGAGUGUUGGCCGCGGGCGAGGGUACACCGGUCGGCAUCACUUGCGGGAGCCUCGUCCCGGGGACGACGCGGACUCGGACGCCGCCAGGACACUGGCCGAAUUGAGCCCCAGAUCUACUGACCCAACUAGAAUGGAGGUGAAGCGCGACGGACCGGCGUUGGAGCCCGACAAGGAGACUCCAGACAAGGAGACGCCGGAGGAGGACAGCUCGCUCAAAGACAUGCUCCGAGUCGACGACCAAUAUGUACCGCUGUUGACCCUGUUGGAGCAGUUCUCCCCUGGCGAGGACGGCAUCCAGUUCAACCGGAAGCUGCGGCACUUCGAGACCACCGUCUGCUCCAUGUGUCCUGACGAGACACGCCUGCAGCAAGCAUUCAGCACAUUCCGCGCCGCAGCCCUGCUGAACCCGGUCACAGCUCGCAAGCUGGCGGCCGUCGGAGCCUCCUUCACGCGUCAGCAGCGACAGCAGCUGCUGCGGGCUGAACUCCUCAAUGUGGUCAUGCAGGGAACCUUCUCCAAAUUAGAUGUACUGGAACGCUCAAAUCCAUUAUUUUUAAUAAACGCUGCAAACCUCAUGGGAGACUAUUUUGCAGAGGCUCGUCUGUGCAACGGCAACAAGGUGCACAUCCUAGCGAGUCCGCUGCUGCAGUACAUGCGGGCGCUACUCGCCAGCGACGACAUACGCGCACACCGCAGUCUCGCUACACAGUUAAUGCAGAACGGUCGCGAACUCCUCUCAGUCCUCGCUCAAGAACUAGACGAGCUAUCCAUCUCCAUCCGCCUUCGUCUCCUGUCCCCCCCUCCCGUCAGCACCAUCUGGCUGCUCCUCUCCGCAGACCUGUGCCUCAACAAGUUCCUCCCCCUCCCCAAUACCCUGCAGCAGUUCUACGCGGCACAUCUAGAGCUGACCACAGAGGAAAAUUUCAGCGAGGUCUCCUACGGCUCCUGGAAAAAAUCCCCAGAAAAGGAUGACUUCAGAAGUGAGACUACAGAAAUCGCUGAAAAAGUCAGCCAAAAUAUAUCUCAGAUAAGCCUCAAUAAUAACGAAGAUACCAAGCCUAAGUUGAGGCCGAUUUUAGGAGCGGGCGCUGGACUGUUACGACAAGAACAAGCCUUGUCUGUCAGUCAAGAUAAUUUUGAAACUUGGACGGCCAAAAAUAAUUUGAACAAGAGAUAUGACUUGAACUCUUGGCGGCAACAAGAAGAAGAGAAGAAAGAAGAGAUUGAGUUCAACCAGACUGUGUUACCUAAUGUACAAAACUUCCCCGUACCCGACUACCCGCCGCCAAACCACAGAUUCAACUACCCAGAGAACUUUGUGAACUACUUACAGCAAGGGGAUGGGACGUAUAUACAGAAUCAGUACACAAAUGUAGCCUUCAACCAGCAAGGGGGUGAUACUUUCCAGUCAUUCCCGGAAAGGACCCCCUCGAAUUCCGAAAGACCCCCUGUCGUUGAACGGGUUAACGAACGGACCCCCGUUCCAACAAUGCCAGAGAGGGUCAACAAUGAAAUACAGAAAAACAGCAGCCGAAGACCCGUAGAGAAUUGGAGAAAAGAGAAAAAUGAUGUUAAAGACGACCCCAACAGGAAUAGACAACGGAAUUGGACUCGACAGAAGUCCAAAGACAAUGUUAGUGAAGAUGAGGAUAAAGAGAAAUAUAAGGAUCGGUCUACCUCCAGGAAUAGGGACGGUAGAGCCCGGAUGAACCGGAGAAGCAGUGGGGAGGAGGAAGGUCAGGCAAAGACACCUCCUCGCAGACAUGUGACCGAGGUCCCAAGGAACCACAAAUAUUGGGACCAUGAUGACCGAUGUGAUAAGGAUUAUAAUAGUUAGUACGAGAAUUUGUAAGCGGUGAGCGUUCUGUGGCUAGACGAAUUGGUGGUACGAGGCCUUUUAGACCCCCUAAAAAUUCAAGACCCCCUAAGUUGUAGGGGUAAAAGUGUUGGUGCAGUGUUUUUGAGUUGAUUUUGAAAAUGAUGUCUCGAGUUUUUUGCCAAAAUUUUUUGUUGUUUUUACCACUGCCAUUGUGAAAGUUUUAUUUUAAUAAUAUUUAUUUUCACACUGCCAAAAUUGCCCCAAAUUAAGGUAUGAUUCUAAAAAAAGGGGAUAUUUUUAAAGAAAAGUCAGGUAACUACCAAAAAUAUUGUACUUAACAUACAUUUUUAUUUUUAAGGGGUCUUUUAGCCAAAAUUAUAUAGCAAACGCCACCUAUAUUAAAAAAUAAACUUAAAUAUGGACUUUACGAACCAAAAUUGGAAUUAAAAUAGUGAAAUUUAAAGUGACAAAAGACACUAAAGUGGCUUAGUGACAAAAAGUGGAUGCCAGUUGAAAAUUUUAGUGUUAAAAAAGUACCAGAUAUCUUUACUAUUUCUCUUUAUAAACUUAUGUGUAAGAUUAGUUCAAAUUUUAACUGUAAUAAUCGGAUAGUUAGUUUAUAUCGAGAUAUAGUUAAAUAGGUAUUUAGUGUACUUAUUUCAGAAAGAUUCGUUGUCCGAUUUUUUACUUAGAUAAAUUGGAAAGUGAAAUAUAAAUUUUAUUUGAUAAUUUUGACAUUAGUUCAUAAUAUAUUGACAGUUUUAGGUGCAUUUUUCACUUUAGUCAAAAAAAAUAGACGAUUUAUCGGACGAUAAAAAAUCGGUCGUAUCCUAAGACCUUGUUUAGACUAUACUUUUAAUACUAUUUUGUAAUAUAAUAUUAAAAUGUGUUCAUAAAUUCGUUAAGUGUAUUUAUGUAAAAUUUUGGAUUGGACAAAAAAGUACGCGAAAAAUAUUAGAAAUUUGGUUAAUAUAAAAUCCAUGAAAUAUGUUAUAUUUUAUAUGUAAAUUUUAAAAGAAUUAUUUAAAUAAGGUCUCAGAAACAAUGCCGAAAAUUUAAAAGUUUUUUAACUACUGAAUAUUUUAACUGACUCUACUUUUUGAUAGUUAAAAAUGUCGAGUGCUAACUGAAAUUACAAAAUAACGGUUAAUUCCAUUAAGGAAUAUUAAUUUAAUUUAGUAAUUAGACAUUUAGAAUAUAAUGAAAUAUACUUUUCUCUCAUUUCAAAUAGUGGUAGUCAUUAUUAUUAAUUAAUUAAUUGAAUUCUUAAGUCAAUCUUAAGUUUUUUAACAGAACUGUAGAUUUUUAGGAUGUUGACAAAAGUUGCGAUUAUUAAUCGCAUGUGCGAUUUUUUGUCGCAGUUGCGAUUUGAGCGCCAUAUUCAAUAAAAACUUUCACAUAAUUUAAAACAGAUAUUUAAUUUUUAAUAAAUACAGCUGCGACAAAAAGUCGCAAUGUUUGUGCGCGUCCUAAUAAAACUUACUCUUUAGUUGCUCAAAUAUUUAGUUUCAGAUCAUGACAACAAUAUAUAAAAUAGUAAUAUUCUAUCGAAAUUGAACAAAUUAUUUUUUAAUUGGAAAAUGAAUGACUUUGGACGACGUUGGAUUAACGACUUUCAAAAAGAAAGUUGUUAUUUUGUAUUACUUUAGCUGUUUCAUUUCAAGAUUAGCUAAAAGCCCAAAAUUGUUAAGUGCCGGUUCUAGGUGUAGGAUGAAACGCCUUAUAUGAAAACAUACACACAUACAUACCCCUGUUUUCUUGGUAGUCUAUUGAAAAAAGCACCAAGAAAAUAAGUCAAAACAUGAAAGCAGGCUCUUCUUAAAAUAAAUUGAUUUGCUCAUUCAAAAUAAAAAUAGUAAAUUGCUUUAGUACUAAUAGGUACUUGUGUCCAAUUAUAAUAUAAUUCAAGCUGAUUAAACUUGUCAGUCGGAUCAGAUGCACUCGAUAAAUACAAUCCUUAUUAAUAUGAGUAGUUCUGUCUGUCUGUCGCGCUUUCAAAAACUACUGAAAUUAUUUCAAUGAAAAGUGGUAUACAGAUAUCCUGAGAAAGUACUUAAAAGAAUUUUAUCCGGGUGCAGAAAGGCGCUCCCUCGGUGAAACCGCGUCUUUAUAAUUUAGUCUUGGCCGAACAUCGUUCAUAAUGGCUAUUGCUACAUUUUUUUUUGUGUUUUUACACAGAAAAAAGUUAAUUUAGAACAAAAGACAGACCGACCUAAUGCCGGUCAUCUAUCGUCUUAUUUCAUUUAUUUAUACCCACAAUAUUUUUUACGGGCUACAUAUACAUACUUGUUGAUAAGAAAAAAACCUAUUGGUAGGUUACGAAAAAAAAAAACUAAAUGAAGAAAAAAAAACCUACUUUAACUAGAUAGGUCCCGGCUGUCCAACCAAGGGGUAUUGGGUUGCCCGCGUAACUGGGUUGAGGAGGUCGGAUAGACAGUCGCUCCUUGUAGCACACUGAUACUCAGCUGCAUCCGGUUAGACUGGAAGCCGACCCCAACAUAGUUGGGAAAAGACUCGACAGAGAAUAUUUUUAUCGAGUGUAUAGGUACUACGUUAUAAUAAAACUUAUUUCUGAUCUAAUACUGAACAAGUGAAUUGGCUUGGUUAUAUUAAUAGGGCAAAUAGAAAUGGACGUACACUGUAACAUUUUUAUGGUAAAUAUGAUUUUAAAUAAUGUCUUAUUUUUUGGGUGAGAACUAGACUAACAUUGAAAUAUAAUUAUUGAAAUACUGACAUUAUUUAGCUGGUUCUUUCUUAUCGAGUGAGCUGCAGGUUUAAUCACCUAACAAGCCCUAGUGUCAGAGUUUUUUCAAAACCACCUGACGGCCUCUGACGUGGAAUUAUGAAAACAAAAAGUGUUUCAACAAUAUUUAAGUCUACCCAAAAAUAAGAAUUCAUAUGGUUUCCAUAAUAUGUAGUGAAACUUAUCUAUACUAAUAUGUAUAAUAAAGAGAAAAAUGGUUUGUUUGUAUCGUAAAGGCUCCGAACUACUGAACCGAUUUGAAAAAUUAUUUCACUGUUGGAAAGCUACACUCUUCCCGAGUAACAUAGGCUAUAUUUUAUCCCGGUACGGGCAGCGGGUGAAACCGCGGGAAACGUAUAGUUCUAAAUAUAAUGCAUAAUAAUGAAUGUUAAUUCUUAUUUUUCAUAUUGUUAUUCAUAGUUUGAAAUAAUUAGAUUUAAAAUAAAUAUAGAUUUAAGACUUAAUAUAAACAAAUAAAUUGGGAUAGUGAAUUUUGGAAAAUGGAUAAAGUUUUCUUACCGUGAUUUGCGUUGUUGAGAAAUUCUACUCAAACGAAGUUAAGAUAAAUUGCAAAAUAUAAGUUGUGCUUCGCAUAAAAAAUGUGGUUUGGGUAGCAUUUCAAAACAUUUCAUUUCACUUGAAAACUUUAUAAAAAUCCUUGUAAGAUUCUGAUAAUGUAUUCUAUUUGUUGUUACAAAUAAUUUGACUAUGAAAAGAAAUUAAAUUCAAUAAAAUAUAAGCAAAGAUUUAAUAGCAGACAAAGGGCAAAUAAAAUAGUUUUAUUUAUUCAAUUCUAAGCCUUACAAAUUAUGAUUAUGAACGACAAAAAGAUUGGCGAGGCGAGAUAAGUCACAAAACUACUCUGAAUUUAAGAAAGUUUGUGAUUUUACGUCCCUUUACGUUAUCAAAUGAGGAUUAAGGAAUGUAUGAUACAAAGAAACUCUUCGGUAUAACUGGAAUCUAAGGUACAAAGCAUUAUGUACUUGAUGUACGCCUUAUUACUGAAAAAAUAAAGUCUAUUACAAGUCGGGAGAAAUUGCUCACUAUUUCGAAAUGAUGGACUAUCUACCGUCUUGGAUCUCAAGUGUAGCAACUUCCAAUUUAAAAAAAACGCUUCAGUAUAUCAUCCGUUUCGGAGUAAUUAAUUUAUAGAGAAACAUAAUGUUAAAACUUAAAAAUACUGUGCUUUUUGAGUCUCUUAUAAAGUUAUCAAGUAUAUCUUUGAACCUUGAAUUCUAGUUAUAUCUAUAAGUUUCUUGUAGAACCAUCGCUCGAGAAUAAGUACCUGUAUAGAAUAAUUCAUUGUUAUGCACAAUGAUCUAAUUAUAACAUUUAACUUUAGUCUCAAACAAACCGUGGGGUUUAAUUUAAGGUCUAAAUUACUCCCCAAACUGGGUCAUUUCUAAGGUCUGAUCUUAAAAUGCUGGGAUAAUAGUUCAAAAUAUCUAUAUUUAUAGUUUUAUUUUUUUGUUUGUUUAUUAUUUAUAAACUCAAAAAUUACUGAACCUAUUUUAAACAUUCUUACACUGUAGGAAGUUACUCUCUUCCCGAGUAAUAUAGGCUGUCAUAUUUUAUCCCGGUAUGGGCAGUAGUUCCCACGGGACGCGGGUGAAACCACAGGAAAUCGGCUAGUUUGCCAAAUAAAUGUGUUUUGAAGUAUUAUCCAAGAUUAUAAGCAGAAAUAAAAUCGUUAAGAAGUACUCAACGUACAUGGCCAGUAAAUACAUAGGUAUUGGUAUUUUCAAUAAUGCCAGAAGGCCACGAUGUCACCAUAACAUUAGGUAGUUAAUUAGUCAAAUAUGUCGGUAAUGUUAUUAUAAACCCACGGUUUGUUCACGGGUUUCUUGCAAAAUUGUACUGAUGAGCACACUUUAGUAAGUUAGUACAUUUUUAUGCCUUUUUCACCCACCUGUAAGAAAAUAUUAGCUAUGGUAACCUACGCACGGCUACCUACAUAUUGUCCAAGUUUUUUCUCUGUCGUGUAAGUAGCAUCCAAAGUAUUUUUGAGAAUUUUUGCAUGUGAAAUUUCUCAAUUUACGAAGAAAUUGUAUAAUUUUGCAAGAAACCCACCUUAUCUAUUUAUGGAAUAGAAAUAAUGCAUUGUAAAUUAGCUAAAUAAAAACAAAAAAAGGUAUAUUUUAGAUUUUUCUAAGGUUUCGUAAUGAAAGCAAAAUGUUGUGGUAUUUUUUUUUCGAUUGAUUAAUUAACAAAGUAUAUUUAAUUAUGGUAGCUUUCGCGCCUUAUUUACCUUUUAAUUGGGUAGGAUAAAAUGGCUGACAAUGUAGAUUAUAUUUCACUUAAAAUUAAAGUUUUCUGAAGUUUUUUCCUAAAAAGAUUAUAGGUGCAUACGAAAAAUGAACUUUAUAUCUUAAGUUUUAGAGUUGAAAGUGAAAUAUAAUCGAUAUCGUUAGUUAAUAUUUGGCUCAAGAAGCUAACUAGGCGCAAUUUAGGAUACUUAGUUGAAAUAGAUGCCUGAUUGACACGACUUUAUUUCUUUAAUGACCUAUUUUCAACCACAAUUUGACAAAAACAUACAAAGAUACUUACAGAUUUCUUCAAACAGCACUUUUGAAAGACAGAAAAAUGUAAUUUGUCGUGUCAAUAGGUAGUCUUCUUAAGUCUGUGUUUAUUGAAGAAUACAGACGCACGCAGUUAUUUCAUCCCUUAAACUAAAUGGAAUAUUGGAUUCGUCCAAUCUUAACUUUCUUCAAACGAUUUCACACUUUUAUUAUUUGAGACAUAAGAUUCAUAAAAUAAUGCAUUUGAACUAAUAUUUAAUAACGAAAUUGGACGGAUUUUGACUUGAUGCUGUAAUAUUGAAAUAUAGUAAUGUUAUUUUGAUUCUGCUCGAAAAUAUAGGAAAGCUUUCUCAGAUAUGGAUUUACUUAUUCUUUUUUUGCUUUAUUUUAUCUUAAGACCAAUGUAAUAUUUUGUAUCACCUUUUAUAUCCUAUAGGUUGUAAUGCAUGAAAAGAUCUCAAACUAAAAAAAAUGGUGUAUGAUUUAUUGCAUUUUUUUAAAGAUAGUUAAAACUAAUUAGAUUAUUAUAAGUUUCUUCAUAUUAAUUGUAAAGAAAGUUAUAAAUCUGAAUAUUCACAUCACUAUUAAGCUUAUUUUAAAUGACAUAAGUUUUUUUAAUGUUUAGUUAUUCCAAAUCUAUGUGUAUUUACUUUCCUCAAUAAUAUUGUACAAAAGUGAAUUAUUUUAGUUAUAACUUGUAUAACACGAAGGGAUGAGUAACUGCGUAAUUUUUUGUUAAUAUAAAAAUAAUUUCGAUUUGAAGGCGGUCAAGUCGCUGCGGUUUUGUUAAAUUAUGUAAUCUCGAAUAAAUUGAAAUAUGAUUUCA